GACAAGGACGAGUGUAGGCCGUGUAUGAGAUUGGAGAAAAAUACAAUCAACACAAUGAAUGUCACUGCUUCAUUCGUCCCCCUUUUCUUUUCCUAUAUUUAUCUGUUAAUAUUAAUUUUCUAGUACCACCCAAAACAAAACACGCACAACCUCUCUCUGUUUUUUGGAGUCAGCUUCUCUGCAAACUGCAUACAGGAUCGCAACAUGGGAGUUUGUUUGAGCGCCCAAAUUAAAGCUGAAAGCCCAUUUAACACUGUGUUCAAUUCAAAGUAUGUGAGUACAGAUGGAAAUGAUCUCGGUAGCACAAACGAUAAGGUUUCAGCAAACUCAGUUCCUCAGACUCCUCGGAGUGAGGGUGAGAUCUUGCAGUCAUCCAAUUUAAAGAGCUUUACCUUGUCAGAACUUAAGACGGCCACUAGAAAUUUCCGUCCAGAUAGCGUGUUAGGAGAAGGUGGUUUUGGAUCAGUUUUUAAGGGGUGGAUUGAUGAGAAUUCAUUGACCGCUACCAAACCUGGCACUGGCAUUGUUAUUGCUGUUAAAAGACUUAAUCAAGAUGGCAUCCAGGGUCACAGGGAGUGGUUGGCUGAAGUCAACUAUCUUGGACAGCUUUCUCAUCCUCAUCUAGUGAGAUUGAUUGGGUUUUGCCUUGAAGAUGAACACCGCCUUCUCGUCUACGAAUUUAUGCCACGUGGAAGCUUGGAAAACCAUUUGUUCAGGAGAGGCUCAUAUUUUCAACCACUUUCUUGGAGCCUACGUUUGAAGGUUGCUCUUGAUGCUGCCAAAGGGCUUGCAUUUCUGCACAGUGCUGAAGCAAAAGUGAUAUAUAGAGAUUUUAAGACUUCAAAUGUCUUGCUGGAUUCAAAAUAUAAUGCAAAACUUUCUGAUUUUGGGCUGGCAAAGGACGGACCAACAGGAGACAAAAGUCAUGUCUCCACCAGGGUAAUGGGAACAUAUGGAUACGCAGCACCUGAAUAUCUAGCCACAGGUCAUCUUACUGCCAAGAGCGAUGUGUACAGUUUUGGAGUUGUCCUGCUGGAAAUGUUGUCUGGGAAGAGGGCAGUUGACAAGAAUAGACCAUCUGGACAACACAAUUUGGUGGAAUGGGCUAAACCUUUCAUGGCAAACAAGCGUAAGAUAUUCCGCGUGUUGGACACCCGGCUCCAAGGACAAUAUUCAACAGAUGAUGCCUACAAGCUAGCCACCCUUGCCUUGCGCUGCCUAUCAAUAGAAUCCAAGUUCAGGCCAAACAUGGACCAAGUGGUUACGACAUUGGAGCAGUUGCAGCUUUCUAAUGUAAAUGGAGGGCCUCGUGUUCGUAGAAGAAGUGCUGAUGUUAAUAGAGGCCAUCAAAAUCCUUCUUCUGUUAAUGGAUCUCGAGUUCGUAGAAGAAGUGCCGAUGAUAUUAGCCGUUUGGAGACUCCCAACGCUUAUCCCCGACCCUCUGCAUCCCCUCUUUAUACUUGACAUUGCAAACACACACACCCUUCAAAUUUAUCAUCAUGCAAUCUGUUUCGGGUGAUCACAUCCACGAUCUCAGGCACCUGUGUAGCUAUUAGCCUAUUACUCUCUAGUACUGUACAUAUCGUAUUUCACCUAAUAUAUUCAAUGUUGCUAGUCCACCAAUUAAUAUUUCACAUAUCAUAUUUUGUGUAACUACUAAACUAGAUUGCAUUUGUAUUAUAGCUCUGGUUAGCUCAUUUUUGUUCUUGUCUAUAUUAGGGUGGUGUAUUUCUUAGUCUAUUUUGUAACACCCAGUUGCCUUAUGUGACUUCUACAUCAAACAUACCAAAUAGUAGUUCAUUUAAAGACUUGUGCCCUAUUCUAUU